CAGCCAGCGACCCAUGUCCCUCUGGCCAGAACUAUGUGGACGACGAUGGGAUGCUUUGUAUAUAAACCACAGGCACAGGCUGGCAGUUGGUCUGAAUCCCUCAUCCUUCACACGUCAGAGACUGCCCCCCCUUACCUCCCCUUUCCCUGUCUUUGACCUUGGCAUCUGUUGAUCGGAUAUCACCUCUCUACCCACCAUUCACAUACCGACUGUUCUUCCCAUUCCAGCUGUAUAUCUUACCAUGGUUAACUUUGUUUCGGGUCUCUUUGUUGCCGCCACUAUGCUUGGCUCCCUUGUCAGCAGCGCGCCCGUCCACCCGCUGGCCAUGCGCAACUGGGACGAGGUCAACACUGACGCUGCUACCUCAGCGGCUAACAAUAAUAACAACAAUAUGCAGAUUGUGACUGUCACGCAGUUCAUCACCAACGACGUGUGCAGCACCGACGCCCCCACAACCACCAGCAGCAGCUCGACCGACCACAACGUAAUCGUGACGGUGAUUGAGACAGCAUCGCCCUCCGUGCCCACCUCUACUACCACGAUCCCGGACUCGUGGAUGUCCGACAUGCUGGGCCAACUGAACGAAAUCCGCGCGGCGAACGGCAAGUCCUCGGUCGCGCUAAUGGACACGCUGACGUCGUUUGCGCAAGCGCACUCGGACCACCAGAGCUCGAUCUCGAAGAUGACACACAGCGACCCGAAGGGCUCGUUGGGCCAGCGGUGCUCGGCGGCCGGCAUUCCGUGGAUGGCGGUGGGUGAGAAUGUCGCCUGGAACUACCCGGAUGUGUCGAGCGUGAUGACCGGGUGGAAGAACAGCCCGGGGCACUUUGCCAACAUAAUUGGCGAUUACACACAUGUCGGCUUCGGUGUCACAAACAAGUACUGGACACAGGACUUUGCAAAGAUCGCGUCGUAGAAUGGAAGCGACGAUGAUUUUGUUUUAUGCGAUGUAGUUUACCUGUGUCCCACCGGGGGCAUACUGGGAGGACAUAUUGGAAUGGCCGGUUCCUUCAUCCACGGCAUGUUCGUUAGCACCCCUCUCUCCCUGCUCCUGCACUUUGGAGCCUGUUUUCAUUCUCUGUUCAUUUUUCUUUUCUAAUUUUGCUUCAUAUCUUUCACUCUACAAAAUAUAAAUAGAUGGCCAUCUAUUUAUCGCCCACGCGUGGUAUUUUGGCGGCCUAUUUGAG